AUGUUCGGAAACAUGUCUUCGGCUCACAAGCGCGCGUGCUACAAGUGUGGCGAGUUGGGUCACCAGGCCGAUGGCUGCCCAGCUCCCGCCCGUCUCUGCUACAACUGCAUCCCAACAGACCACGAGUCGAACGAGUGCCCCCUGCCCCGCACCACCAAGUCCAAGCAGUGCUACCACUGCCAGGGUGUUGGCCACGUCCAGGCUGAGUGCCCUACCAUGCGCCUGAACGGCGGCCCUGGCGGUCCUCACAACCGCUGCUACACCUGCGGACAGCCCAACCACAUUGCCCGCAACUGCCCUAGCGCUCAGGGCGGCAUGGCCCCCGGCCCCAUGCCCGGCCGUGGUGGCUUCGGUCCUGCCCGUGGCGGCUUCCACCCCGGCGGCGCCCGCCACGCCACCUGCUACAAGUGCGGUGGCCCCAACCACUACGCUCGCGACUGCCAGGCUCAGGCUAUGAAGUGCUACGCCUGCGGCAAGCUCGGCCACAUCUCGCGCGACUGCACCGCUCCCAACGGCGGUCCCCUCAACACUGCUGGCAAGACCUGCUACCAGUGCGGUGAGGCUGGCCACAUUUCCCGGGACUGCCCCAAGCGCAACGGUGCUAACGGUGCCGACGCCCCCGAGGUUGACCUUGGAAACCCCCAGGUUGCACAGGCUCCUGCUCCCGGUGCCCCCCUUGCUUAAGCGGGCGGCUCCUCCCAUGAGAGUGGGCUGAAUGCUGGGGAAAUUCGAUCGAAGUUUCGAUUUUUGACGACUGUUGCAUGGCGUUUACGCUCCGAUGAUCUUUCCCCCCCGCGCAUCGCAUAGAUUAUGAACGACAUGGGAAAGGUUACGACACGACUUUGGGUUUUGUUUUUUCUCUCUCCCUCCCGGCGUUCAACGGUUCUUCUGGCUCUAUGACAAAACUUUUUGGGAAACCUACACAACAUCAACAACGCUUUAGUUUCUGCUUUUAACCGGACCAAUAACAUAUCGGCCACCAAGACGAUACAGAUGGGGAAGGGUGGAGGUUGAGGGAAAAGAGAUCAAGAAUGGACGAAAGUGCGAUGUUUGUCGGCUUCUUUUCGCAAGCAGGAGAAUACACGUUGCCAGCACCCUCAACCUUCAGUUCUUGCUGUCGUUAUUGUUUGCGGCUUGCAUUCUUUCUUGUCAACAGGGCUUUCUUUCGUCUUGAUCAUCUUUUUUUUUCUGCUUCUCGGGCAAAGUCCUUUUUUGGUUUUACUCAAUCAUACCCCCAACCUUCCGUCACCCUUUUUUUUUUUUAAACAGAAACACACCCUUUGGACAAAAUCGGAAAAUACACCAAAACUCAGAGAUACCCCCUCUUUUUUUUACACAGAAAAAAAAAGAUAAAACCACGUACGUGUGGUUUUUUUCUUUUUUGAAGUUGUUGAUGGACCUGCGAGGCGCGAGCGAUAUGAACGGAAAAGAAACGCUUUUUUGGGCAAGACAAAAGAGGGGAAAAAAAGAGAGCGUGGGUUCACUUUGGCAACAAAAGGGAAACUCGCUUUCUUUCUUAGACCUACAGUAGGCCGGGCGACAGGGCGAAGACAGGAAGUGGCACCAAAGAUACACAAAAAAAAGCAGGGAGGAGGGGCGAAAAAAAGGGGGGAUUGGCGAAGAGGAAGAAGGCAGGCAAGGAGAUGACAGGGGCGGGUUGGGGUGGUUGAUAGGUAGUCUGUGUGUUCAAUAAAGGACCAGUUGUGCGCG